AAUUGAUUAAAUAAACUAGAAAUAGAAAAUUUCAAACGGGGAAACAAUGCUAUUAAUAACUCUUUGGUUACUAUUGGCUGUGAUCUUUGUCAUCUAUAUAUUUCUUAUAUGGAAUUUUAAUUAUUGGAAAAGACAUGAUGUUAAUGGUCCAAAACCGGAGAUUAUUUUUGGCAAUCUACCUAGUGCCAUAACUAAGAAGAGACAUUUCAUGUAUGACCUAUGGGAUAUUUAUGAUUCAUAUAAACAUACCGAUGAUUUUGUGGGCAUAUUUAAAAAUCGUACACCGCAGUUAUUGAUUUUGAAUCCAGCAUUGGCUAGACGUAUAUUUGUUAAUGACUUUAAGCAUUUCCAUGAUAAUGAACAAGUGAAAUUUAUUGAUGAGAAAAUCGACUUUUUGUUUGCCAACAACCCAUUUGUGGCUGGAGGUGAGAAAUGGAAGGAAAGAAGAUCACAAAUAACACCCGGUUUAACACAACAAAGGAUCAAAAAUAUGUUUCCCGUAACUUUGGAAAUCUGUAAACAUAUGUGCAACUAUAUUGAGGAACAAAUUAAAAUGCCUGCGAAAGAGGGCAUCGAUGGCAAAGAUUUAUCUUCCCGUUUUAUGGCCGAUGUAAUAGCUGACUGUGUAAUGGGUCUUAAAAGUGAUAGUUUUAAAGAUCGCCACACCUCACCUUUGCUCAUAAUGCAAAAUCAAAUGUUUGAGUAUUCAUUUUUAUACUCAACCUUAGUAGGUCUAUUUCCGGGAAUUUUAAAAUUCUAUAAGCAACGUUUUCUUACAAAAAAGUUUGAAGAGUAUUUCCUAGAUCUUAUGGCUAAAGCGGUCGAAUUAAGAAAAGUUAUCAGUGCUGACAAGUCUAUGGAAGAGAGAGCUGACUUUUUAAAUUAUUUAUUACAAUUGCAAGAGAAAAAGAAUCUUACACAAAUGGAAAUUUCUGCACAUACAAUGACUUUUGUAUUGGAUGGUUUUGAAACCGUAUCUUCGAUAUUGGCUCAUAGUUUAUUAAUGUUGGCCCGCCAUCCAGAAGUCCAGCAAAAGGUGCGUUCGGAAAUACAUGAAAAAGUUGGUUCUCAAAGAAAUUUUGAAGUCAUAUCUGAUUUACCCUAUUUAAAUGCCUGUAUACAUGAAAUCCUUCGUUUCUUUCCCGUAGUAUUUAGUGCUCGUAAAGUCUGUACUGAAACCAUAAAACUUACAAAUAGAAAUCGCAAAAGUUAUCAGGUUCCCAAAGGACUUGUUGUGGUUAUACCUCAAUAUCCCAUAAUGAUGGAUGAAAACAUUUAUCCAAAUCCCAUGGAAUUUCAACCAGAACGUUUUCUCGAAGAAAAUGGUGGAGUUAAGAAAUAUUUUGAUAUGGGUGCCUAUUGGGGUUAUGGAGAUGGACCACGUAUUUGUUUAGGCGUACGUUUCGGUUUAGUGCAAAUUAAAGCAGCCUUGGUGGAAAUCUUAAGUAAAUUUGUGAUCAAACCAAAUCCUAAAACCAGAUCUGAUUACACAUUUGAUCCCACCUACUAUUUGGCACGUUUGGAUGGUGGCAUUUAUUUAGAUUUUGAAUUGCCGCCAUUUUCUUCAAGAAAACGUUCAGAGUACAAAGGUAAAACUACCACAGUAUUCUUGGGCACAACUAAAGAUUUGCCAUUUUUAUUCAUCAGCUCAAUAGGUUCGGUGCAAAGUUUAUUGGAAAAGAAACCGGGAGGGAAUAGGCGUAUGGAUUCUGUUGAUAAAAAUUCGGAUAGUAUAUUUUCCGAAAAUCCUUUUGUAUUAACUGGCGAAGAUUGGAAAGAAAGAAGAGCAGAAAUAACACCAGGUUUUACACAAAAUCGAAUCAAAAAUGUGUUUCCGGUAACCAAAAAAGUGUGUAAAGUUUUAACGGACUAUAUAGAAAAGGAAACCAAAUUGGGACCCAAAGAUGGAAUUGAUUGCAAAGAACUUAGUUUACGUUUCACCUGUGAAGUGGUUAGUGAUUGUGUCUUAGGUUUACAGGCUAAUAGUUUUACCGAUAGUUCAGCGCCCAUAUUCGAUAAUGCCAAGAAACUAUUCGAACAAUCUUUCAUUUUAAUAUUGUACAUGACUUUGGCUGGUUUAAUACCAUCCUUAACAAAAAUCAAAAAAUUACGUUUUGUACCAAAACCCAUAGAAGACUUUUUCGUAGAUUUAAUGAAGAACUCUCUGAGUUUGAGAAAAGAUCAACGUGAGAAGGGUGUCAAUGAGGAUCGUGUUGAUUUUAUGAACUACAUGCUACAGUUGCAAGAGAAAAAGAAUCUAACAAUUACAGAAGUGACUUCGCAUACCAUGACAUUUUUAGUGGAUGGUUUUGAAACUACGGCCAGUGUCUUAUCGCACUGUUUAUUGAUGCUGGGUCGCCAUCCCGACAAACAAGAUAAAUUACGUAAAGAAAUUUUAGAAAAAUUAGGUCAUGAUAGUGAUUUUGACACCAUUAUGGAUUUGGAAUAUUUAGAUGCUUGUAUUCAUGAAACUCUGCGCAUAUUCUCCCCGGGCUCGCAUUCUACUAAAUUGUGCACUGAACCUAUAGAUUUGGUAAAUAAAGAUGGCAAAACUCUACAUAUACCUGUCGGUACCAGAGUUGUAUUGCCCAUAUAUGCCAUUAUGACAGAUGAAGAAAACUAUAAGAAUGCGAAUGUUUUCGAACCAGAACGUUUUUUGAAUGGCGGAUUAAAAAUGUAUAAGGAUAAAGGUCUUUUCUAUGCAUUUGGUGAUGGACCCCGAGUUUGUUUGGGCCAGCGUUUCGCUUUGACCCAAAUGAAGGCUGCCAUGGUGGAAAUUGUACGUAAAUAUAAAAUUCAUGUGAAUCCCAAGACCCGUAAAGAUAAUAAACUUGAUCCCACAUAUUUUAUUUUGCGCUUGGAUGGUGGCAUUUGGUUAGAUUUUGAAAAGUUGGAAUAGAUUUUAAGUAUCAUCAUUAUGAAUAUAUUCACAAAAGUAAAAGUUGAAAAUACACAUUACUUAUUUGAUUUAAUUUACAAUAAAAAAUGUACAUUUAUUUAAAAGGAA